UUCAAGAUGAGUUAAUAUCAUUGAAAGAUUAUAAUCAUUAAUCAAAUGACAAGAUCUAAUCAAUUUAAUUUUAAUUCUUUUGUAUAACAAAUAUUAGCAGUUAUAAACUAUGUUCUGAAUAGUUUUAAUUUUAAAGGAUAUGUUUAAACUUACAGUUUUAAUUUUCAGAAUUGUAGCAUGUCCUAUUGCACAAGUUCAUGGUAGAGUUCAAGGUCGCUCUGCCUCUUAUUCCUAGUUUUCCAGCCGCAAUUAUUUAAUGUAUUGCUCUACUUCGAAGUGCCUUUAAGUCUAGUAAUGACGAAAACCAAAAGUCUUCCGUCUCUUAUUAAUUUGAUUGCCAAACUCUAACCUAUAUUAUCCUUGGAUUUGGUAAAUAUGGUCCAAGCUAAAAAGGUAAUCAAUUAAUUAACCAAAGCAUUGUUACACUGUUUUUCUCUAUAAAACCCUUUCCCCUGAUAGAAAAAGCUACAGAGGCACGAAAAAUUGCUCAAAAAUUGUUUUUCAUAGUUGCGGCUGGGUACCUGUAUUCUGUACAUUGGUUUAGGAUCAAUAAGAUGAGCUCUAACCCUAGAGUUGCUUCCUCCAGUAAAAGGCUAGAUGGUAAGGUGGCAAUUAUCACCGGAGGUGCCAGCGGUAUAGGAGCAGCUGCGGCUCGGCUCUUUCAUAGCAAUGGUGCUAAAGUUGUAGUAGCCGAUAUCCAAGACAAUCUAGGCCAAGCAAUUGCCAAUGAGCUUGGCAAAAAUGCAUGCUACAUUCACUGUGAUGUAUCACAAGAGGACCAAAUUAUUGAUCUUAUCGAUACCACCAUAGCCAAAUACGGCCAACUUGACAUCAUGUACAACAAUGCUGGAAUCACUGAAGGGUCCAAAAUUGCUAUUCUGGAAACGUCAAAGUCAGAGUUGGACCGGGUUAUUGGUGUAAAUUUGGUGGGCUCAUUUUUAGGAGCCAAGCAUGCUGCAAGAGUCAUGAUACCCCGGCGCAGGGGAUGCGUAUUGUUCACAGCCAGCGCCUCCGUCAACAUAGCUGGUCUUGGACCUCAUGCCUAUGCAGUCACUAAGCAUGCAAUUGCAGGUCUAGCUAAGAAUUUGUCAGCUGAGCUUGGUCAACAUGGUAUACGAGUCAACUGUGUCUCCCCUUAUGCCGUAAUGACUGGCAUAGCAGGAGGGAAUUAUUCUGAAGAGUAUAUUGGGCAAAUGCAGAUGUUUGUAAAUGCAGUGGCUAAUCUUAAAGGGAAGACUUUGACAGCAGAUGAUGUUGCUCAAGCUGCACUGUACUUGGCAAGCGAUGAAGCUGGUUAUGUAAGUGGACUGAAUCUUGUAGUUGACGGAGGUUUCAGCGUUGUUAAUCCUUCCAUGAUGACUGCUGCGGCUCAGGCCAAACUACAUCAGAAAUGAAGCAAGCUGGUUGUUAAACUAGUUGUCGUGGACACAUGCUAUUGCUUCUUUUUUUUUGUUUCGGUUCAGAGAUUUACAUCUUGCUUCAAGUCAUGCAGCUCAUUCCCACAUGUGCCAAUUUACAAGCUUUUAUUAGAAGAAGACUUAAAACUAGGACACCUCUUUCCUUGUGGAUUUUCAAAAUCUUCCACCUAAUAAAUUACUUCAGCUUUAUGUUGAGCAAGUUUAGUUUUUAAAUACUUUGAUUGGGUUAGGGUAACAAGUAUUAUAAAUGAAUAUAUGUCCUCCAACAGUCCCAAACUAUUUGUGGAUAAUAGUUGACAAGACAUAUAUCACUUUAAUACAUGGUGCAACGGGUAAUGUAACGCCAAAAGUAUUGUAAACAAUGAUCCAAAUGCACUCCUAA